ACAAUCCAAUACUUUUGAAAUCUGAUUCAUAACAUAUAAUCUUAAAUCUAAACUUGAUUGUGAUUCGAUUACAAUGAACUUGGAAAAAAAAACUUACAAGAACUACAAGAUUCUGAUUCGAAAAACAUGGAAUUUGCGGGUAUCAGAUUCUUAUGUUAACAAGGUGCGAACAACUUUGGUUUUGAGCUAUGAACAAGUUCAGAAUUUGAAGAAAUGGGUUACUAAUGAAUGUAAAGACAGUCAUAGAACACAACAUCUGUCAACUUUUGUUGUAACAAGUUCCUUGAUUUGGUUUUGUAUGGUAAAAUCGGAGCAUGGCGAAAGAAAAAUGGAUCAAGAUGAUUGUGUUGUUGUUGAUGUUGAUCUCUGCAACUUUGUGAUUCUUGCAGAUUGUCGUGGUAGUAGUGAACUUUCAUUACCAAAUGAGAUUGUUCUUGCUGCAAAUGGUAUUGAAACCAAGAUAAGAGAUUUUAAGAGUAAUGCUUUAUUAGGAGCUGAAAUGAUGAUGUCUCGUUACAGGGAAUUAUCGAAACAUGGUAAGUCUGUUGUAGUGGUUGCAGGAUCACCUAAACAUGUUGUUUAUGAGAUUGAUUUUGGUUGGGGGAAGCCUGAUACACAACUGGUUCGAUCUCUCUUUAUGGGCUAAGUUUUUUUUUUAAUUUGAGGAAAAUG